UAGCGCAAUAGUCGUUAGAAGCGCAGAGGGGGCCGUUAAGCAAUUUACGUCCCUCGAAAUAGAAGCUACCGCGUUUACGCGCACCACGCGCGAAUUCAAAUGUCGAGACGUAACGUAAACAUCGUCGGGGAAUGGCUGGCGGUACGUAGAAAAAAGCUCGAGCAUCCUGCGGAGAUGCGGCGGCUCAUCAAUCGCCGGUGAGAUGCUUUCGCAGUGAGGCGUUUGCUUCUCGAUCGUUUUCUCGUGUGCGUACAGGUCCGACGGGCUGAGUUACUUAUGCGCUAAAUCGUUUAUAAAUAGCUCGUCCUUCCGCGUGGACUUGUUCGAUGCGCGACCAGCUAUGGAAAACUCGCGAAAAAUCACAUAAUAUAGGGAUGAUCGAAUUUUGAAUCGCAUCGCCCGAGUGCGUCAGGCUCAUCGAGACGAGUCGGCGGGCGACGAGGCCAGAGCGACAAUUGCGCGCGCGGAGUCGCGUAUAGAAGGGACUCGGCCGAGACUCGAGAGUCGAGAGAGCUGGCUCAGUGCUUUUGCGCGCGUCUUCGGGCUCGCAUCGACGUUCGCCGAGCGUUUGUUAAAUCCCUUCAAGUUUGAAAGGGCUGCUGCCGUCAUUGAGAGCUGGCGCGGCGCGCCGCUCCUUAUCAGCGGCACUUGUUUGUCACAGUUUUAAAGAUAUAGCACGCAGCUGCGGGGAAGUAGGCGCGCGAGCGCCGAGAUGCAGUCCGAGUGCGAAGAGGCGAUGAGCGGGCGCGGGGCUCUGCAGCGGCUGCACCAGCCGAGCCAGCUGUCGCGCAAAAUGCGCCGGAGCAUCAGCAAAGUCAAGCGGAGCAUACAGCGGAUGACCGAGGAGUCGCACGAGGAGGAGGAGGAGGAGAUGGCCAGGCGGCUGCUGCGGCUGCCCAGGGAGAACCUCGCCUCGCUCACCUGCCGCACCGGGUUCAGCCGCGAGGAGGUUCGCAGGCUCUACCGGGCCUUCAAGCAGCAGUGUCCGAACGGGGUGGCCACGACGAAGGACCUGACGCCGGCCUACGCGAAGCUCUUCCCCCUGGGCGACUCGCGCAAGUACGCGGAAAUAGUCUUCAACAACUUUGACGAGGACAAGGACGGCUUCGUGAGCUUCGGCGAUCUCCUCACCGGGCUGGCCUCGAUCGUCAAGGGCAGCGCCGAUCAGAGGCUCUCCUGGAUUUUUCGACUGUACGAUCUCAACGGCGACGGCUGCAUUACGAGGCGCGAGAUGACGACAGGUGUCUCGGCGAUAUACGAGAUGGUCAGAAGCGCACAGGUCAUCGAUUGCGCCGUCGAAAGACACGUCAACCGGCUUUUCGAGAAAAUGGACCUCAAUCGGGAUGGCGUUAUUUCGCGGGACGAAUUUCUGGAUUGUUGCAAAAAUGAUCAACUUAUUUAUAACCAACUUUCUGUAUUUGAUAAUAUGCAGUAUUAAAUUAGAAUAUCUUAUUAGGCCACUUGUAAUACCUGUACGAGGCGCAUUGGCUGCUUCCUUAGUGAAGAGAUGUAUACUUUUUAGUUUGUUUAUUCUUGUAAAUAAAUGCAAAGUGAUAGCUCUUAUAAAUUACACGCAUUCUUUAAAAUAGACGCAUAGUCGUACAAAUAAAUUUCGAUUUAUUAUCUUUAAUGUACAAUUCAACCGAUAAUUUUGAAUUUUUUUUGAAAGCCAGUUUUACAUUAGAAUUGUAAAUUAGUAAUGUGUAAAUCGUCGCGUCUCUCUGAAAAUUCGAACGCGCCGCAAUAAUUUCGACUAAAUUUGAAGAUUAUACUUAAUUAAAUAAAACGUGGCUGUUUUCACUGUUGAGCAUGCGGCGGAUGACGUGCGAAUGCAUCUUUUUCCGAGUCAGCUCUGAUGCGGUCAAAAAGGGUAAGUUAUUGGCCACGUGAAAUACGUUACUAAUAGUUAAUUAACUAAUCCAAGAAGUUUAGAAGAUGCGCGGCUGUGUCAGUGAUAUAUAUAUAUAAAUAUAAAUAUCAUGGAUUUCGAUAAACGUGAAACUUGCGACACAGGUAAAGGAUUUACGGAAAAUUCAUACUAUCUGAAAGGCGUUUGAUGCGAUUGUAACAUAAAUAGUAUAAUUAUAUAUAUCUGGAAAUUCCAUUGCCAAAAAUGUAAAAUAAAAGGGGUCGUAUAUUACGGAUCUUACAGAAGUUUACAAAAACACUUGGCAAUCAUAAGUGCAGUGUGCUUAUAGACGACGUUUACGUGUAUCAUACAAAGAGGCACACAAAAGUAUACAAUGAAAAAUUGACUUAUGAAAUUUGACAAUCGAUGCCGGACAAUCGUGAAAGCGUACUACAUGUUAUAUAUUUUAAGCCAAAAAUCUUUGAUGUAGUACGUGAUAUUAUCAACGUAGCUUGUUUGGCUGAUCGACUAAGUACUUAGUACAUCGACGAUCGAAUCGACUGCAUCAUGGGCUGAUGGACCCGUCAUAUAGUUCCACUGCUCGCCACGAGACGUCAGGGCAAUAGGUACGCCGUGUAACGCCGGUUUGGCGCUUCGCGGAAGCGAUUUCGGAUCGACCAAUAAGCGUGUAUUAAGUAUACACUCCCGACUCUCGACGAGUCCCCGCAUGCUGCAGUCUUUGUUCAAGCUCUCUCUCGCUCUCGCAGGUUUCUCUCCCUUUGUCAAUGCAGACUAAUUGCAGAGUUCGAAUUAGACGUUCCAUUUCGUACAUGCAUCGGAAUAUUUUGCAAUAUUUCUAAAUAAGUACUCGCUGUCAUCAUAAAGGUAAUGAAACAUGGCUCCCACGACGAAAUCUAAUAUUCUUGGGCAAGUACAAACUCUCACAUCAAAAAUCAAGUGGCAUAUCCAUAAAUUUAAAAAGAGUUGCAGUCAAGCGAACGUUGGGGACGCUUUAAAAUCGCCGUUGUUUACAACUUCACUUGAAAAAAGAGAUGUUCAGUGGUAUCUGAUGUUAUACCCUAGAGGAAGAACAGAAGAUUAUAAAGAUUUUUUAUCAAUCUAUUUGUACAGCACCAUGAACAAAGGGCAAAUUGAAGCAACCUUGAACAUUUUAAACAACAGAACUCAAGUGGUGGUUGAUUGUAAUUUGGAGGAAUCUGAAUUUGAUGAGGCUACUUGGGGGAAUCAUAAAUUGAUAUCAACAGAAUUCAUUACCAAUCCACGAAAUUGCAUGUUAAAUAACGCCAGCGGUGAUUUAGUAAUAAUCUGUGAAUUGGUAAUUCUGCCUCAAUAUGAAGUAGCUGCAUUUUUAUCUCAAUUGCAAGUGCUCGACAUGUUUGAGAAUCUUCUAAACGACAGUAAAUUUAGCGAUAUAUCACUUGUUUCAGAAGAUAAAACCAUUCGAGCACACAAGUGCAUACUUGCCAAAAACAGCUCAGUAUUUGCUGCAAUGUUUGAUGCUGAGUCGAAUGAAAGGAAGGAGAUCAUCUUAGAAGUUCAUGACAUUAGUUAUGAUGUUCUGGUAGAAAUGAUUCGCUUUAUCUACACUGGAAAGAUAAACGGAAUAGAAAAUAUGAUUGAGGAUCUCGCGAUUGCAGCAAACAAAUUUGCACUACACAGAUUGAUGAUUAUCUGCGAACAAGCAAUGAUAAAAUGUUUGAGCAUACAUAAUUUUGUAAAUUCCCUUCUAUUUGCCGACAAACUCAAAAUGAAGGAGCUGAAGGCAAUGGCUAUUGAGUUUGUUGUUAUGAGUGGCAGUAAUGCAAUUGAUCAAGAAAACUUUAGAACUCUACCUAUGGAUGUUGUUGUAGAAGUGUGUAGUGGUUUAGCAAAAAAAAACAAACAUUAGAUGACGAUAAGAAAUGUUUUAUUGGAAAAUGAGGAGGGAUUGCUCAUAAAGAUAUACAUUAUUAAAAGUAAAACUAGAAUAUCACGUUAAGUAUGUUAUAAUAUAAUAGUUAAUCAAAUUUGUUUAGCUUUUAGAGAAAUGUAUGUGUACAUUUUUUGUGUGCAAAAAUUCGAUAUUAUAACAAUGUAUUCCUGUAUCUAUUAUAAUUGUCUGACUAAAAAUUUACUAACAAUUAUUGUACUGUAACAAUAAAAAUAACAAAUAAAAAAAAUAUAUAUAUAUAUA